AUGAUCCUCCCCCAUCUUCUCCACACGCCGCCUCCGCUGCUCUGCCCCAUCGCGCCGCGGCCCCAUUCCCGUCCUCCGCCAACGGAGGGAGAGGUGGAACAUGGCGUCUACAACUUCGCGGCGAAGCCAGCAGCGCUCCCGCCCUCCAUCCUCAAGUGGGCGAAGGCACAGCUGGUGCUUGGUGGACUACCAUGGCUCCGGGAUGAGAAUCAUGGUGAUAGCCACCACGAGAAGGAGUCCGAAUCUGGCCUGCGCACGCUCCUCGUGGUGCCUGACACCCACCCCGUGCUCUUCCUCCAGGAUGGUGCCACCACACAGUUCACCGCCGUGCCGCUCAACCUCUGCGCCGGACCUUUUCGACCCUGCCGGAUUCGCAAGGCCUUCGAGGCGUCGGCCUCUCCAGAAGAUGAACUUCUAAAACUUGAAGAUGAAGCAGCGGGUGGUGUGAUUGCAACUCUUCUCGUAUUCCUGUCCAUUGGUUUAGUUGGUGCUACUGAUGGUAUAGGCUUCCAUUCAACUGGGAAGUAUUUCCAAAUAUCUACCGGUCAAUGUCUUGAUCGCUCUAAGUUCUCUAAGGCACUGUUCAUAUGUGUCAUGAUUUUAAUUAUUCUAACUCUUUGUGGAAUUGCUUCAUCCUUAAUUACAACCAGAUAUGCCUUGUUGUUAAACCCAUUAGCUCGAAGUUUCGAAGAGCUGCGUCCUGAAGGUUUUAUGAACGAAACAUCAUGCUCUAUUAUAGUGAGGACUGCCCUUGUUGCAUCAACUGUCUGCAUUGCUUGCCUUCUGCCGUUCUUUGGUCUUGUGAUGGCUCUCAUUGGAUCUCUUCUUAGUAUACUUGUGGCAGUCAUAAUGCCAGCCCUGUGUUUCCUGAAGAUCGCACAGAAUAAAGCAACUUGUUCACAGGUAAUCGCAAGCAUUGGUAUCAUAAUAUUGGGCGUCGUCAGUGCUGCCCUGGGGACGUACUCCGUGAAAAAGAUUACAAAAAACUACUAA